UUCUACUACUGACGGCUUAAAAGCACAAUGAAUGAGAAAGGACAUUUUUGAGAAAAAAAAAGCAACCCGACCCGUCUUCUUUGGAACUGAUCCAAGCAGCACAAAACCCAAGUCAAUUGGCGUUGGCACGAUUCAGAGAUUUGGUUCGCCUGAAACCUAAUGGCUCCGAAGCCCAAGCCGGCGUCGUCGCAACCUGCGCCUCCCCCUCCCCUCGAAGAUCUGUUCACCACGCUCAACAGGCACAUCCAGGCUUCUGCAUUCGACAAUGUCGUCAAAGUUACAGAUCAGAUUCUUGCCAUUGCACCCGACGAUGAGGACGCGCUCCGAUGCAAGGUCGUUGCGCUGAUAAAAAAUGACCGUGUCGAGGAUGCGCUCUCCGCCAUUAAGUCUUCUCGGAAGCAGCUCGAUGAUUUUCAUUUCUUCAAGGCAUACUGCUUGUACAGACAAAACAAGUUGGAUGAAGCUUUGGAGUCUUUGAAAAGACAGGAGAGAAAUGAUGAAACUAUGCUUUUGGAGUGUCAGAUAUUGUAUCGUCUAGGGAAAAUGGAUGCUUGCAUAGAAAUCUAUCAGAAGCUCCAAAAUUCCAAGAUCGAUAACAUGGAAAUAAAUUCUGUUGCUGCACUAGUUAUGGCUGGCAGGUCAUCUGAAGUUCAGGGAAUGCUGGAUUCACUUCGGGUUAAAGCAACAAGCAGUUUUGAAUUGGCAUUCAAUACUGCUUGUUCUUUAAUUGCAAGGAAGAAGUACACAGAUGCAGAACAACUCUUGUUAUCAGGCCGAAGGUGAUACGCUAUUUUAAUUAUGGAAA